AUGCAAAGCUCGAGAGCGGUUGGUUUAAGGAUGAUUAGACCCGCUAAGAAACCGCAAAAAAAUAGAUGUUUUUUUAUUUGCGAUUUCUUAGUGGAUCUAAUACAAGGUGUCGUCUCUGAACCGAGAGCUGUGGAGUUUUUGCAUUUCUCCUCUGUUGAGUCAAGCUCUCCUGAUGCAGCUCAAAGCCGGAGCGGGACCAUGCCAGCCCCGUGGACCUGGCUGCGUCCCCUGCCUCUGCCGUGCUCAGCAAGGUCGGGUCGAAGGCUCCGCACCUCCGUGCUGGGAGCCGUGUGGAGGAGUCGCGUGGCCCUGGCAUGGGAGCUGAGGCACAGCUUGGUCCCCUGUCCUGGAACAAAGGCUGUCCUUGGAGAGUCCCGGACUGCUGCUGCACGUUGUCUGCUCUGGAUGUCUGUGACCCAGUUCUCCCAGGCUGGGUGGUUGAAGGACUAUGCCCUGCCCAAUGCCAGCUGGAGCCAGGACAUGCUGAACCUGUAUAACAAGUUUGUGGAGAAGAGCAAGGACGGGACGUGGAAAAGGAUCCCAUCCUAUCAGCACAUCAUAGCCCUAACAAACUCGAUAAAGCUGGAAGCUGAGAAGCCUCGGCAGGACACCCGCAUCUUCCUCCGGAACCUGGAUGGGGAAGGGCUGGGCUUCGAGUAUGUGAUGUUCUUCAACCCCGCUGAGAAGAGGGUGGUGACCGUGUACCAACCAGGCCCCUACCUGGAGGGGCAUGAGGGGUUCACCCAUGGAGGUUCCACGGCCACCAUGAUAGACUCUACCUGUGGGAUCUGUUCCAUCUUUCUUGCUGGGAAGUCGAUGACGGCCAGCCUCAGCAUCAACUUCAAGACCCCCAUUCUGCUGGGCUCGGUGGUCUUGGUGGACAGCAGGUUGGACAGAAUGGAGGGGAGGAAAGCAUUCCUGUCCUGCCAGGUCUUGAGCUGUGAUGGCCAGACCCUCCAUGCCGAGGCCACAGCCCUCUUUAUCCAGGUGGCUUCUCCCAGCCAGAUGUGAACUCCCAGCAAGCCUGUCAGAUGAAGCUGCUCAUGGCUGCUCCAUUCUCCAGCCCCACCACUCUCCUGCUCCCUGUACCCAGCUCCUCAGCUCUCCCUGGAUGUGUGUGACAGAGCGUUGGACCCCCUGCUUUGUGGGGCUGCUCUGGGAAGAAGCCUGUUCUCCCCCAUGGCCUUGUGGCUGCUGCAUCACAGCAUCUCCUCCCAGCUGGCUUUCCAGGACCCUACUCCCAUGCAGACAGGAAGGUCCCACAGCCUGUGGUCCUGUGCACCAUGUUACACCCAAGAUGCCUCAUUGUCUUGGAAGACAAGUCAAAGCAAGUUCCUCUGAACCAUCCAUCAGUGUAGCAGUAUAGCAUUCAAGUGCCCAGUCUGGCACAUGGUGUGAGAGUCAGCAGACACCCCACCCCUGGCUCCCUGACCUCUUGCCCAGGAGGUGGGGCCCAGGCUCCAGGGCUUGUCCACCCCCAGCUUUGAGCCAGGGAGCCAGGUGAUAAUGAUGGUGGCAUGUCUGGAUUCUAGUGAGAAAGGGGCGAUUGGCUGAUUUUCUGCCUUGCAGGCCAAGCCAGGCCCUUCUGAAAAGCAAAGACCAGCCUCAAGGUGACUUUUCGUAAAGAAAAUAAUUGUUCUUCUCACUGAAACUGAAAACACCUGGCCAGAUUCCAUGUUGGGGUCAAAAAGCUGCUUGAUAGGUUCAGUGUGAGUGGUGGGUUAACCCUUUGUAGACCCUGUUGACGCAGUGCCUGCCAUUUCAAAAUUCAAAGGUUUUUUCCAGACGAAAGCCAGUGGGGAUUUUCUUUUGAAAGCACUGAAACAUUUUGAUUUUGUCCCAGAAGUCCCAAAUGUUUCAUCGGCAUGAGCGCCUUGCUGAAGGGGCCAGAAUUCAACCCCCAGCAGAGGUGGCUCGAGGGCUGGAGAGCACGUGCUUAGAAGUGGUUCACACGUAGUAGCCCUGCAAGUGGCAGCCAUGCUGCCAGGACCUGCUGCCUCCCCCAGUGGGUGCGGGGACGGGAGCAGGAGAGGGGUGUGAAUUUGGCACACGUCUCACGUCCAUUCCCUCUCUGAGCCAGGAGUCGUCUUCACUUCCUGUCUCAAACCACUGCGAAUCACAGAGGGCUGUUCUCUGUUUCGCUGCCAUGUGUUGCCAUGAUCUAGUAAACAGCUGCCACGUUCCA